UAUUUCCCAAUCUUUUUUUUUUUCUUUCUUCUAAACAUUCACCCACCUUACUUAAUCUUCCACCACAUCACCAUCACAUUCUCAAGUGCCCUACUCAUGGAAAACAUGCUGAAAACGCCUCCAAAAGUUCCAAUUCAAGCAAAACCACUCCAACCUGAACCUCAACCUGAUUGCAAAACACCAACAACUCCACUAAGCUCCUUUAACCAAUUGCGUAAACCUGUCACCCCAGAUCGCCUUAGAGUCCCCAAGGCAUUCAAGUACCCAGAAAGGUAUACAAGCCCAACAGAUUUGAUGGUAUCCCCUGUGACCAAAGGGCUUCUUGCCAGAACCAAAAGGGGUGGUGCACUAUUACCACCACCUUCUAAAACUGAAACUAAGAUCCCAGACACGUCUUUGCAGGAUGUGAGUCCUUUACAAAACAAAGUGCCAAUGCUGAUCGAAGAGAAGCUCAACUAAAACCUGAAGAAUUCAAUCAUGUUUGAAGAUUUUGUAAUACUCUACUACCAAAGAAAGAACUAUAUGUUCUGUGAUAAUCUCAUCUCAUUUUAUAUCUAUUAGUCUCAAAAAAUGCUAUGAUAGAGAAUCAUACUGCAAAUUUGCCUUGUAUACAUAAAAGGCUAAGAGGUUGGAAAGUUAACUAAAUAUCAGUGACAAUUGGGGAAGAAGAUGCUCUUUUGAUUUUCUUCCCCAAAAGUAGUUUCACAAGUUUUGUUCAUUCUUAUAAUCUAAUCAAUGCAUUUAGCCA